AUGAGGCAAGCAACGAUUGCGGUCCUCUGCAGUGGAGCCGAAGACACCAUGUUGAUCCUCCUCCCUUCUGUGCUCCUCCUCGCUUCCUUGGGCACUGUGGCAGCAGAGCUGGAUUUGCGGAUCGGGAGAGACGCGAAAGGGAACGGCGUCCUUUCGCAACUCCUUCAUCAUGUUUUAGAUUCGUCUCUCAAGUCGCAUCAACAACUAUUCGUCAUCAGUGAAACGGGCGAUAUUGGUGUGAUGGGGUGCGACCACCUGUCGAGAACAAUUUUCAGUUCCGUUCAAGACAUGGAGAGGAUCAAGCAUGCGAGCAGCAGGAAUGACUUCUACAUCGUCUUGGGAUCUAUGGAAUGGGCCGAGGAGGCACUCCGGGCUCUCUAUCGCAUCCGACCUCAAAUGUGGUGGACGAGCAAGGCCCUCUUCGUGCUCGAGGCUCUUCCAGGGGUCGACUGGAUUCAGAGGGCUGCCGGUCUCGUGAUCCCAGUCACGGUGGCGACCAGAGUCCGACCCGAUACGUAUGCCUUUUAUGCCGUGUGUCUCUUUUGCAACGACUCUCGUCCGGGGAUGCAAUACAUCCAGACGUGGAGGCAGGGAUCUAAGGACACAUCCAAGAACCUCUUCCCAGAUCUCCUCAAUGAUUUCCACGGAGUGGAAUUCAAGGUUUCGACGCUGCCAGUGUCAUAUUUCUUUUACUGGACCCCAAAUGCAUCGAUGAAGAACUGGACCGGCUUCGAAGGAGAAGCCCUCAAGGCCAUGGCCCAUCACUUCCACUUCCGGGUCACCCCAUCCCUCCCGAAGAAUGGUGGAGCGGGGAGUCUCGUGAACGGGACGUGGGAUGGUCACAUGGGGAUGGUGCUGGGCGGGGAUGCCGAGUUCGCCGUGGGGAAAAUCUCCCAGACCUGGAUCCGGUAUGAGUAUGUGGAUUUCAUGAGUUUCGUCAUGAUCGAGAGCGAUUCCUUCAUCACGCAGAAACCAAAGCUAUUGUCUUACUCAAGCACCGUCUAUCGACCGUUCCCCCUUUUCGUCUGGAUUCUCUGCGCCAUCUCCAUCGUCGCGAUGGGUAUCACGAUUGCGAUUUUCAAACGAAGGUCAUUCAAAGGCCUCCAGGUAGGGAAUGAAAUCUUCAGGGUCUACUCUCUUUUUGUGGUGAAAGGCGUAAAAUACUUAGAUCGCGAGGAGAGAAGAAUGCGCUACAUCAUCUACCCUGGCACGACCCGCCCGAUCAAUACACUGGAAGAUGCCGUCGAGAGAACCAACCUCCCCUUCUAUAUCCAUCUUUACAACGACGAAUUAAUCAGUAACUUUCGGCAAUCCAACAUCUCAAUGUAUAAGGCCGUAGCGAGCCGCCUGAAAUUGUUUUACCCGAACACUGUUCGCAUCACCACCGACAACAUGUACAUGGAUGUACUGUACCAGUUGGAAAUUGAAAUUUGGAAGCUGAGGAAAGCAGGGGACCCAGCGUGGACGCAGCUCCGUGUGGCUGACGAAACCUUCCUGGCACUGCCUUCUGCCUGGCCCAUCCGCAAGUACAAGCCCUACAAGCCCAAGCUGGACCUCUUCAUCCUGCGCCUGCGCGAUGCUGGACUCUUCAACAAGUGGAUGUCGGAUAGCAUCCUCCCGCUUGGAGCGUACUUCUCUCUCAACAAAGUUAUCAGCAUCGCGGCUGAGGUCAAGCGAAUUUCGUUCGGGAUGAUUCAUGUUCAAGGAAUCUUCUAUGCACUUGCAUUUGGAUUUGCCUUGGCCUUCCUUGCUUUCAUAUUGGAGCUCCUGUUUCCACCAAAACUUUAA